AUUUCACCUCUCUUGACCUGCAGCCACACUACUGGCUCGAACUGAAAUUUAGAAAAACUGCGCGAAAUUGCCAAAAUAAUAGCGAAAUCCGACGAAAUGGCGCAAAACGCACCCGCCUGCAGGGACACACAGGAUUUUCAAUUUAAGCUGCACGACAAGUUCGUGGCGUUCAAAAAAUGCGGCGACCCCCGCAGCAAUGUGAAACUGCUGGCGAUCUCCAGCAGCCGGGGACUGCUCUUCGCCGGCAACCCCAACCAGCCGGAACUGAAGGUGAUCAUCGCCAAGGACCUGGCCAAUGCCAAGAGCACGGGCCAGCAGCCUCAGGCGCGACUGGUGCCGUUGCCCAGUGUUCCCAACUACAUCGCCUGCAGCUCCGACGGCAACCUGCUGGCCGUCAACCACACCCAGAACGGCACCAGCCUGCUGAGCAUCUACUCGGUGCAGUCCUUUAUGACCCCGGACAUUCGGCCCGUUUACAACAUCCGCCUGGCCGCAGAGGACCACGUGCACGCCGUCCAGCUGCUGUGGAAUCCCGUGCUGCCCAACAGCCUGGCCGUCGUCCUGAGCAACGGAGCCCUUGGCAUGUAUGCUCUCAAGGAGGGCGGCAACUUCGAAAUGCACUCGCUGGACAAGAGCCAGCAGGUGAAGUGCGGCUGCUGGUCGCCGAAGGGUAAACAGAUCGUGCUCGGCUUUCCCGCCGGCAAGGUGCAGCAGUUCAAGCCGGAUCUGACGCCCGCCAAGACGCUGUUGUGUCCGCCGAACAUCCAUGACGCGCCCUUCGACACCAUCGCCAUCCAGUGGCUGUCGACGUUCCAGUUUGCGGUGAUCUUCCUGCAGCACGGCGAGGACUGCAAUCCCUCGCUGUACAUCCUCAACGCCCCCAAGGCUGGGGCACCCAGCUACAUCAACUACUACGACAUCUGCUACAGCCUGAAUGGUCCGCGAAAUCAUCAGUUCCUCUUCAGCCAUGUGGCCCCGUGGAAUCUGCUGCUCGUGAUCUCAGCCAAUGGCGUGGAGGUCGGCGUGAUGGGCACCUCGGAGGCCGGUGAUACGCCCGCCUGGCACCAGUUUACUUUGCUGGAUGAAGCGCGCAUUGAGCUGCCCCUCAAUGAGACCAAUCAAGAGGAGACCUUCCCGCUCGGCUUUGCCUACGAUACGUCCUCGACGCACCAGCUGACCAUAAACGAGCAGAAGCUGCAGACCAUGCCCAUGGUGCACGUUUUGGGCUCGGAUGGAACCCUCCUCUCCUUCAAUUUCCUGAACAUGCUGCCGACAGCGGUGUCUGUUUGCUCGCCACCGCCCCCAGUGGCUGAUACUUCGGGACAGUUCAAGCCGCUGAACUCGUUGCUUCCCAGUGAGGAUGAGGAGCAGCCGGCUGCGGCAGCCAGUCCGCCGCCCAAGACUCCUGCGGUGUCUGCUCCCUCGGACAUAUCGUUCGCCUUCACACCGAAUACGGUUACUUCAACGCCGGCUCCCUCAAAGGAUAAGCCGUCAUCGCUGUUCUCAGGCUUUGGAGCAGCUGCAGCCAAACCUCCAGCCCCGCAGCUGUCCUUCGGAGCUGCGCCGACUCCCGCUCCACUUUCGUUCGGAGCUGCAACUACCGCACCAGCCAAGCCGGCCGCAGCAUUUGGUGGAUUUGCAGCACCAGCAACGACAUCGGCCAUGAGUUCAAUGUUCUCCGCACCCGGAGCGAAUGCCUUCGGCGGAUUGGCAACGAACAAACCAGCAGGGACUCCUCGUGCCGCAGCACCAGAAACCAGUGCUCCAGCAGCUGCUUCAGCUCCUGCAACCAAACCACUCUACACUGUUCCCCCGACUUUUACACCGGUGGCCUCGAAGGCAGCCCCAUCGGCUGCUCCACCUCCAAGUGUGGAAAGCACCCUUAAGCCAGAUGACACGGAGCCCAUUAUCAAGGACAUGAUUGCCCUGCAAAUCGACGCCUUCAGCCAGGAUAUCCAAAAGCAAAAGGAUCAGACAAAUGAGCUGCUUAAAGGCAUUGCAGCGCCAUCAACUCUGCGGGUAUUUGCCAAACGCUUGGAUGACCUGCAGGAGCUGAACGAACAAGCCAAGGAUGUGGAGUUUGAGUUGGAUGUACAGGGAUUGCGGCAGGGUCUGAACGAGGCCUAUGCCAUCGUAGCCGAGUGCCGUGGCAAGCUGGAGAUUUACAGGAAACCCGAUAUCACGCGUCUCAUGAACUCCAGUUCCUGCGAUCCCGCUGGCCGCCGAAUGCUGGCCCGCCUGCAGAGCUAUGUGGCCGCCAAUGAGGCCCAGCUGCGUCUCGCCCAGCAGCAUGUUGAUGUGCAGUGGGAGCAGUUCCAGGACAUGGUGCGGCGCAACUCCAAGUCCCGCAUGCACAUGCCGUGUCUGGAAGGCAUCUACCAGCGACUGACCAGGCUGCAAAACCUCGCUUCUGAUCAGCGCAUCCUGCAGAACAAUAUCAAAGCCAAGCUCAAGGAGCGCGGACUGCUUCAGGCUGCCCUUCUCGACCAGGAGAACAGCCGCACACGCACCAACGAAGCAGUGGAAACUCUGGCCGACUCCAUUCUCUCGAUGAGUCUAAGCCAGGUAGUGGACUCCAAUGCAGCCAAACUCACGCAUCAGCGGCUGCAGAAGAUUCGAAAGGUUGUCCAGCUGCAGAAGAUCAAUAUUAUAUGUCCCCAGCGACCGGAUCGCGUGGGACUCAAGUCGGAGGUCAUCUUGGAAACCAAGCGCAGGGCGGAGCAGAUCAAGAAGGCGGCCGCCAAGCCAGCAACGGCCAACAAGUACACCCAGGCAGCAGUGGCUCCACCUCCUGCACCAGCUGCUGCGCCCACACCUCAAACUCUUCCGACAGCGGCUCCUCAGUUGCCAAAACCCAUGCCAUCUAAGCCAGUAGUUGUGGAGAAACCCCACCCCCUUCCGGUGGCGCCUCCUGUGUCGACGCCAUUCUCCUUCAGCCAGAGCAGCCCGUUUGUGAAGACCUCCACUGUGACUCCCACGACAAAUACCGUGACUCCUGGCGAGGCUGCCAAGCCGGGUCUCUCCAUGUUCGGCGGUCUGAGUAGCGGUAGUUCCAGCUUCAGUUUUGGUGGUGCUGCUCCCAAGUCGGCGCUCUCAUUCGGAGGAGGAUCUUCUGCUGCGGAAACAUCUCCAACUACAGUAACGAAACCAGUGGCUGAAAAAGAACAGCCUGCUCCAGAGCCUGCUAAGCCUAAGGAGCAGAAACAAGGAUUUGAAAUCAAACCUGUGAAACCCGUUCCUGAAGCAACAAAAGUAGCACCUCAAACUCCAAAGGCAGAGACCUCCAACAAAUCCUUUGGGUUUGGAGGCUUUACAGGAACUGGCGGAGCUGUGGGAAGUGCUUCUAGCUCUCCGUUCAGCUUUGGUGGAUUGGGCUCCUCCCUUGGCUUUGGAGGAACUGCCCCUGCCGUUCCGAAAUCGGAAGCUCCUAGCACUGCAGUCACUGCGCCAGUUGUGUCAUUUGGCUUGUUCUCGGCAACUGUAGCCAAACCAACGACCACUGAGCCCACAGUGACUAGCAGCACCGCCUCGACAACUAGCAAACCAACGCCUGUUAUUGCAUCCCCAGCUUCAACUGAUGUUCCUCCAGCAAGCACGACCACCGGAGGGGCCACCAAUUCGGAUCCCACUGGCGGUCUUUUCGGCUCUGUCAACAUUUGCAAGCCCAAUACACCAGCAGAUUCCCCUAAACCAGCCAAUAUUUUUGGAGGCCUCACUGGUGGUUCGGGCCCUGGAAGCUUCUCGUUUGGCGGAGGAGCUGGAGAUGCCUCAAAGGGACUAUUUGGCAACACCACUAAACCAGCAAUGACUAUAGCAGCUGCUUCAACUGUUGCGGAGACCACCGUCAAAACGGAUCCCAUUACAACAACGGCAGCACCAGCUGCAGCUGUGACCACGACUGUUGCGGCAAGUCCAGCAGCGAAUCCUCCGGCAGCGACAGCAGCCACAACUAGCGCAACAGUGUCAUCCAGCACUGCUGUUCCGGGCAGCGCCUUCUCCUUCUCAAACGCGUUUAGCAGCCUGAGCGCAGGAGGUGUGCCAACUACUACUGCUGCUGCUCCCUUGGCUGCGACCAGCUCCACCACAUCCACAGCCAGCAACUCGUCGACCUCAGUGUUCGGCGGAGGCGGCUUUGCAGCAGCAACAGCUUCGACAGCGGCUCCAGUGGCUAGUCCCUUCCAAACGGCUGCAAAGACCACAGCUCCGAGUGGAAACAUUUUCGGCAGCAUACCCAAGCCGGAGACGAGUGUUUUUGGAGCAUCUCCUACAAAUCCCACGGCUGCAGCUUCGCCAGCUGCCCCUCCCACGGGUCUUUUUGCGUCGGCUGCCAUUAGCAACCCGUCGCCAUUCGGCAGUCCUUCAACUGCAGCACCUGCAUCCGGCGGCAACAUCUUUGGUCAAGCUGCCAAGCCGAAUGUAUUUGGACAACCGGCCGCUACAGCCGAGGGCGGAGGAUCUAUUUUCGGCGGUGGAACCAAUUCACCAUUUGGAUCGAGCUCCAUUUUCGGGGGAAGUAAUCAACAAAGCCCUGUCGCCGCCCCCGCUGCUGGCGGUACCUCAAUCUUCGGGCAAAAUGUGUUUGGUCAGCCAGCGGCAGCUACACCGGCAGCAGGCGGAAACAUAUUCUCCAAUCCCGUGGGCACCCCGCAAGCUUCUGCCUUCGGGGGCGGAGGCAGCUCCAUCUUUGGAUCACCUGCUCCAGCGGCAGCUUCGCCAGUCUCUGGCGGCUCUAUCUUUGGUGGCGGCAGCAGCUCUGGCGGAUUUGGUUCCUUCUCGCAGACAACACCAGCUCAAGGUGGCUUCGGCGGGGGAUUUGCUCAGGGCGGCGGUGGAUCAGUGGCCCAGACAGGCUUUGGAUCGCCUCAAACGGCGCAGCAGCAGCCGGCACCAGGCGGAUUUGGAGCUAAGCCGGUGUUCGGAUCGCCGGCCUUCGGAGCGAGCCCCACCUUUGGGGGCGGAGCCACCUUUGGCAGUCCCAAGGGAUUCGGUGGAUUCGGCGCGACCAGCCCUGUGGCAUCACCUCCAGCCUUCGGGGCUGCAGGCAAGCCGGCGCAGGGAAAUAUCUUUGAAACAUUGGGUGGCCAGGAGUCUGGCCUCUCCUUCGGAAAUUUGGCACAGACCGGAAAUUCCAAUACCCAGAAACCGGCCUUCGGAGGAUCGAGUUUUAUGAAUUAUCGUUGAGUUGUUCCUGUAAAUGUUAUUAAAAUAGCCAUUUAAAAUAUAUAUGUGUCAUUAUUAAAAUUAAAAAAAUCCCCGGUCUUAUCUUGAUA